UAUUCCUAUCGUUGUUUCCUUUCAUAAAAAGAAAGAGAGGAAACAACAUUCCUUCUUCCAGAGUUUCUUAGAUUCUUUCCCUUCUUAAGAAAAAAAAACCCAAAAAAAAAAAAUAAGAAAAAAGUAAAAACACAUUCUGAUUUCAAGGUUUGAUUUGAAGUUUCUUACAGAUUCUCCGGCGAAAUACUCGGCAAUGUCGACGUUUUCGCCGUCUCUAGUUCUCUAUCUCAUCCUUCUCAACCUACUUCUGGUUUCAUCGACGGAGAUGAUCAAGGAGGGAGAGAUCCGACUACCUUCUGAGAAGAUCAACGGCGAAUUCUGCAACGCAACGGCUAAACCGGCUUCUUGUCCGGUUAAAUGUUUCAGGGCUGAUCCGGUUUGCGGCGAAGACAGCGUUACUUACUGGUGCGGUUGUGCAGAUGCUUUGUGCCAUGGCGUUCGUGUUUCCAAACCAGGUGCUUGUGACGUUGGUAAUGGCGUUGGUUUGUCUGUCCCUGGACAAGCUCUGCUUUUGAUCCACAUUGUCUGGCUCAUGGCUCUUGCCUUCUCUAUUCUCUUAGGCCUCUUCUGAAAUCUUUUUGUUAAUAAUUUUUAUUGACUUGUAUUGAAAAAACAAGAAUACUUUUAAGAUGAAGAAGGAUCAUUGUUUGGUUUGGUCCGUACAAAAGAAGCUUUCUUGAAUCUUGCUUUCUCCAUCUCUUUACCAAGAUAAUCCAGGAUCGUAUCCGUUACGUGAUUAGGCAAACAGUUUGCGUCUAGCAUCACUUUCAAGUACUUGUAUGCUUCUUUCAACCUCCCUGCUUUACUAUUCACUUCGAUCAUCGU